AUGGCUGAGAGCUCUGCAUCGUCUGGUUAUCAAAAUAUGCCAUGUUCAUUGCCACAGUAUGAUUUUCCAAAGCCGCCCUGUAAAUUAGAUGGCAAUAUACCCUCAAAUAUGUCGGCGCAAGAAAUCAUAAAAUUGGCGGGUACGUGUUACAUAAGAGGCUUUGAUUAUGGAAGGUUAGACUCUUACGUGAAAGAAGACCAGCAGAGUCUAGAAUUGGUUCAUCUGCUGUUCACCUCUGCGGAGAUGACGAGGAAGAAGCAAUAUGAUCAAGCAGCCAGGCUGUUGAUGAGGUGUCUCACAUUCUCUUCGCAGUGGGGAAGCCCUAUACAGAGGCUCUGCUAUUAUUUCUCCAGGGCGCUCCAGGAUAGAAUGGAACGCCAUCUAAAACCAGCUCUUAAUCAUACCAACAAAGUCGACGGUUGUUAUAGUAAAACCCAAUCAAAUGGCCUGGCAAUGAUAAAGAGUGUGGAAAAUGCAAGCGGAAUUCAUGUGAUAGAUCUGGAGAUUCGAACUGGUGUCCAAUGGUCAGGGUUGAUGCAGAGUCUUGCCCUAAGACAUCCUUCCCAUCUGGUUGACACUCUUAGGAUCACAUUAGUAGGAAUGAAGGGAGAAGAACUGAUAGAUAGUGGAAGAAGACUUGACGAGUUCAUUGAGGCUCUGGCGAUUCCAUUUUUCUAUAGGAUAGUGGAGAUUUCAAGUAUGGAAGAUAUUCAUGAAGAUGUUAUUGUGAGAUUAAGGCCCCGGAUAAUGGUGAACAUUGAAGUUGAAGGUGAGCACAACUCAAGAUGUUUUGAGAACCGCUUCAUUGAGGUUCUUUUCUAUUGCAACACUUGGUUUGACUGCUUGGAUGUGAUAUUUCCUGAUAGGCUUGAUACUUGUAGAGUCAUGUAUGAAGAAGUAUUUAGUGGGAAAACGAUAAGAAAUCUGAUAGCUUGUGAGAGGAAGGAUAGGUGGGUAAGAUAUGUUGGAACUGAUGUGUGGAGAUGUCUUUUUAAUCACAAGGGAUUGAAGGAGAUCAGCUUCAGCUAUCCAGCUUGGUACCAGGCCAGAAUAUUGCUGAAAGAAUUUCCUCAUGGAGAAUAUUAUACUCUUGAGGCUAAUGGAUCUGCCGUAACAAUCGGAUGGAAAGGAACCCAAUUGCUCGCAAUAUUUGCCUGGACAUGUUCGUGA